UUCACAGGUUGCAGCAAAAGAAAGAGUUUAUCCUCUGCAGAAUUUGGGGCAAAGCCUUCUUCUUCUUCUCUUUCACGCAUUCUUGGCUGCCAUUACCGAAUUCGACGACUCUAAUCCCUUGGAACUGCAACCAUCUUUCACUGUCUCUGCUCGCGCGCCCACAUGUGUCUUCGAUUCACCUUACAAAAUUGAAGACUAUGGAUUGUUGCUGACAUGAUAGUCUGAUUUCGAAGAUUUACUGAACGAACCUCUCAUGCCUUUGUUUGAAAUCGGCAUUGCCCGGCCUUCUGUUUACUCCUCCUGUAUAUUUGCAUCAAGGGUUCAAACCCAUAAUAAAUUUGUUGUCGGCGAUGUGGGGAAAAGGUUCUGCUCUCCAUCAUUUCCCCCAAAGGAAAGAGAUUUUAGCUUUAGGUUCAUUUCCAGGAAAAGAAGUUUAGUUGUUAUUAAGGCAGUGACUACUGUCCUUGAACCUGUUUGUUCGGUUCAGAAAGAUGUCCUCUUGCAGCAGCUGUGUAGUGCUGCUGCUGUUACUGCAAAGAUUGAGCAGGAUGAUGAACCGGAGCUGGAUGAAAGAGAGAAAUUGAGAAGGACCAGGAUUUCAAAAGCAAAUAAAGGAAACACUCCAUGGAAUAAAGGAAGGAAGCAUAGUGCAGAAACAUUGCAGCGUAUUAAAGAAAGAACCAAGCUUGCAAUGCAGAAUCCUAAGGUGAAGCAAAAGCUAAGUAACCUUGGGCAUGCUCAAAGCAAUGAGACCCGAGCAAAGAUUGCGAUUGGAGUGCGAAUGGGAUGGGAGAGACGUCGCGAGAAGAAUAAGCUGCAAGAAACUUGUCACUAUGAAUGGCAGAAUUUGGUAGCAGAAGCUUCUAGAAGGGGUUUUAUCGGCCAGGAUGAAGUUCAAUGGGACUCAUACAAGAUUUUGGAUGCAGACCUCCAGAAGGGAUGGUUGGAAAGUAUUGAGCAAAGGAGAAUAGCUUCAAAGCCAGUAGGUAGCAAAAAAGCACCCAAGUCAGCUCAGCAAAAGAAGAAAAUUUCUGAAGCAAUCUCUGCCAAAUGGGCUGAUCCUGAAUAUCGCAGUAGGGUUUGCUCUGCCCUGGCAAAGUAUUAUAGCACAACUGACGGAAUUGAGAAGAAACCGAGAAGAAAGCCAGUUGGAGAAGUACAAACCCGUGUAAGGACUCCCAAGAGGAAAACCGAAGAUAUGAAAAUAUCGGAAGACAAAGUUUCAAGUCAGUAUCAACGGCCUCAAUUGAAAAGCAAAGCGCCCUUGUAUAAGGAUCCUUUAGCAAGUUCCAAACUUGAGAUGAUAAAGAAUAUAAGAGCCCAAAGAACUGCCAAGGAAUCGAAAAAAACUGAUGCCAUUGAAAGUGCUAAGCAAAUGAUUGUAGAAGCGGAAAAGGCUGUUAAAGCCCUUGAAGUGGCUGCAAAAAGGAGUCCCAUUGCUCAGGCUUCUCUUAUCGAAGCUAGAGAACUGAUAGCUGAAGCAAUCCAAUCAAUCCGAUCCCUAGAGAAUGGAACAACUGAUUCAUUUGGACUGGAGAAUGGAACAACUGAUUCAUUAGGACUGAUAAAUGAUCUCGAGACUGAAAACAACCCGAGAGAAGUUAAUGGCAUUGGUAAAGUGAAUGGAAAUGGUUUCAAAGAUGACUUAGACAUAGACUUAACCAAUUUCUCCUUUCACGAAUUCCUCAAUGGAAAAGAGAAAUCUCUGGAGGAGCUUUACCAAGUUGAAAUCGACAAGAAUAGUAUCCUAAACGGGUCCAGCAUUGGAAAGAAUAAAAGCGUAAGUACGCAGGAAUCAAAUAUGAUGGAGAUUCGUGAAAAGGGUAUCGAUCUAGAAGAGUGUAAAACGGAGAAGCAUGAACUUCCGUCGAUAGAAAGGGUAGUAACUAAGAAAUGGGUUUGUGGGAGGCUUGUUGAAGUGCAGUUGGAAGGGGGAUAAGAAGAUGUUGAUAUAGUAGUAAUUUAUUUAUUUUAUGUAGAGAAAAAUGUUAGAAUGAAUUUUGAUUCUUCAUUUUGAACAAAUUUUGGAUACUUUAGUUGUUGCUUGCAAUAUUAACUGUUUGUAUUUUAUUUGAGCU